AGCAUAGAAAAACCUAACAAUUUAUAUUGUUCAGUACGCUGUUGGAAUUGUUUUGUGCAAUCGGAAAUCGAAUAAAAAAUUUUUAAAACUUUAAGACUUUUUAAAUAAUUUUUAUUAUUGACGUUAAAAAAGCAAAUGCGUUUAGAGGCAUUGGUUGUUUGAGCAGGCGCUGCUUCCAAAAUAUUAAAAAAAAUCAACUAAUAUUUAUAUUGUAUUAUGAAUAAUAGCAUUAACUGUUGAUAAAUAUUUUACAGUCCAUUUGCAGUUUGAUAAGAGAGAAUAGAAAGAACAAAACAUGCAUGCAAUAAAAAUACUUACAAUUGUUGUUGUUGUUCUGGCAUCUGCAUACAGCAUCGAAUACCAUGAAGACAAAUGCACCUCGAAACCUAACCCUGGAGCAUGUAAAGCAUUUUUACGUCGUUUUUAUUAUGAUCCAAAAGAAGGAAAAUGUAAGGUCUUCAUUUUCGGUGGGUGUGGAGGAAACAGAAACAGAUUCGAAACAAAAAUUGAUUGUGAAGAAGCAUGUAAUCCAGACAUAUUGUGUAGAUUCCCACUCGAUCACGGAGAAGGCGACGCCUUUUUUCGAGACUAUUACUACGAUGAAGAAAAAGAUGAUUGCUUUGAGUUUCUGUACUAUGGCUUCAAAGGAAAUACAAAUCACUUCUUUACUCGUACCGAAUGUCUGUCUGUUUGUGGCUCUAAAAAGCGAUAGACAUAAAAUUUGAUUUAAAAAUUAGUUUGUGCUAUAUCUAAAAGUUGAUGUACUCAGAUUUAUAUUCAUUCCAGAAAAAUUCAAUGUGAUGCUUUUAAAAAAUUUCAGGAAAUAUGCGAAGGACAUUAAUAAGCUUAGGACGAUUUGUAUUUCAUUCAUUUGUUGUAAAUAGUUCUAGAUACUAUUAAUAAAAACACAACAUGAGAAAAUGUUAUAUACCGAUAUACUAAAUUCAAGUCGUUAUGAUCAAAUUUAAUAUGUACAUAAAAAUGUUUUUUGACAAUGAGUUGAGGAAAUAAAAAAAAUGUGUUAGGUACGAAUGGUAUGAUAUUUUUGAGAAUUCAUUCAGUGUGAUUUUGUUAUUAUCACAUUAUCAUAGAUCAAUAUUUAAAGCGAGAUUCUGAUUCUGGUGCAUUUUAUUUUUAUUUUUUCUCUUAUUGUUUCUGUUUAUAAUAAAGUAAUUCAGCAAGUCUU